AUGCCGCAUAAAUAUCCCGGCGCUGACGCUGCUUGUCCCAUCCUGGACAGUUCCAUUGCACUUCAUGAACCACGCUGCCAUUCGGAGUCAACCGCUAACCCGCAGGGUGGCAUCAGUUGGCCCAUUCAGGAGGGAACCUCAGACCCAGUCGCACAGUUCAUCCAACCCGGAUCGGUAAAGCUCGAGUCGCCUGCGCAUGGCAUUGCUAACACUUCCCAGAAAUUGUCAUGGCACUACAACUGGAACAAGAACUGGGAUGAACUUCUACCUGGCACAACGCCUGGGCUAACCAUCAACGCGGAGUUCGUGCCCAUGAUCUUUGCGCCUGGGUACCUAGACAACGAGUUCCGCCUGCAGGAUGGUUGGAAGUUGCUGUUGGGGUACAACGAGCCUGACCAUGAGGACCCCAACGUCGCCGUCCGAACGACACCAGAGGAGGCAGCAAGAGCCUCAGCUGACAUUCAGAAAUGGUUCUCCCUCAUCCCUCCUGAGACCAAACCGGACGUGUUGGCUAUUCACGUCUAUACCACAACGUUUGAUUCUUUCCGUCAAAAAGUUGAAGAGUACUACAGGCUAUUUGGUCUCCCGAUCAUUGUCACAGAGUUUGCGAUGACAAGUUUUGAUCCAAAUGUCCCUCCUCCGGCGAGCCAGCAGCAGGUUCAUGACUUUAUGGGGCAGACGACAGCCUGGCUAGACGCGACGCCUUGGGUCGAUCCAGCUCGCGCCCUCGAAGAUCCUUGUCCCAUGCCUCUUCAGCCCCUUACACCUCAGCAUCUAUCGUCUAGCCUUUCUUAUCCUUCACACCGACACUCAUCCCCGAUGCCGCGCGCAAUCAAACAAUCGCCUCUCCUUGAGCAGAAGCCCUACUCUCGCAUGACUUCGACUGCUGUCAAGUCCGAGGAGGGCGAGCUCCUCCCCGACGUCAAGCUUGAAAACAAGAACAAGCAGCCUGCAAGUGGCAAGUCCAAAGGACGUCCUUGGACAGCUGCCGAGCUCCUCGCCCUCUUCGACAUUGUCGGCAUCCCCUCCCCGAACGCCAAAGCCUUUGAGGGCCGCAUCGAGGGUCGCUCCGGCUAUCAGUGCCAGCAGACUUGGCGCAACACCGUUCUCCCCUAUCUCCGCAAGGCUCUGCAGGAGAAGCCUGGUCUUAAGUGA